AUGGAUCUACGCUAUGAAUGCAUUGCUAUUGAAAAGACGAAUUCCACGCUUUCCUUAUUAGUCAGAAAAAGUUUGGAUGAUCUGGAACUGAUUCCCUCCUUUAUCGACAGAGCUGAAGACAACAAGGUGAGUGUGGAAGAUGUCAAGAAGCUUGAGGAAAUAGUUGGUUUAACACUCUCCAAUUUGUCUAGUAUUAGUAGAAAGGUACACGUCUAUUUGUUGGGUCUUUUUUCAUAAAG